AUGACACUCUGCCUCCUAAGCGUGCUUCUACUGCUGCUAGUCCUCACCGUGGAAUACAGCGACGAUGACGACGACGACGGCGGGGUUACCCGUUCGUCACGGACGCGCAUUACCGGCAGCUAUGAUGACCUGGACGAAGGGACACGUGGCAGCGGGGGGUUGGAUGAUUUCUGGGGGCUGGGUCAACAGGGACAGGGCCGGUACUGCCGGGAGCGAGGCCAGCUGGCGGUGUGCCGGCCGCCCGACGCUGUGAUUAUAGCGGAGGUAAGCGGGGAUGCGACUCGUAGCAGUGUGCCAGCCACCCGAGGCUCUGGCGAUCUGGGCUCGCGGCUAUCAACCGUCUGCGCUGCAGCCGCCCUGCUGCCAGCAGCCAACCUCACGACGCUCGCCCUCUGGGUGCCUGACGCCUUCAUGCCGCACAUCCGCUUCUCCGACCUCUUCACCCUCGCUGCCCCUGACACCUCUCGUAACCCCCCUCCUCCUGACGCCUCUGGUAACCCCCCUCCUCCUGAUGUGGAAGGGCGGGCCUUGCGCGCUGCUGCUGGGGAGGCCGGGGAGAGCGGGGAGGGGCUAAGCAGUGGUGGUAGCGAGGGGUCACGAGCGGGUACGGACCUUGGGAAUGUCACAGAGGGAGGCACAGGAGCCAACAGCAGCAGCAGCGGAAGCAGGGGAGGCAGCGGCAGCAGCAGCAGUAGCAGCGGUGGUGUUGGUGGUGGUGUUGGUGGUGGUGGUGGUGGCGGUGGCAGCAAGGGUGGGGGUGCGGGGCGGUUUGUGUGGGUGGAGGAGGCGAACGAGACGGCUGCUCACUGGCGCCAGUUCCUUGCACUCACCCACCGACCUGUAAGUGACCAUCCGCCGUGUUGGAAGCGGGGCGCCUCUCAGGCCGCUGCUGCCACAUGCAGUGUGACCAUCCGCGGGUGUCAGAAGCGGGGCGGCUCUCCGGAUGCCGCUGUUGCCUCGCUCACUCUCAGCCUCUACCUCUCGCCCGCCUCCAUCAACUGGCUCGUGGACGCGGUGAACCUGUGUGCAUUCGAGCGCCGCAUGGCAGCAUGCAUGGCAGCGCUGCACCCCUCCCCGCCAGUGGCCGCUCUGCUGCUGCAGGAAGAUGUCGGCCGCCUCAAGUCCGCCCUUGGCCUCUACCUCGACGAUUUAUCCCUGGACGGAUGUCCCGGGUGCCCCAUAUUUGCCACCUCCUCGCCCCACCUCUGUGCCACGCGCCGCCUCGCCAUGUCCUUUCUCAAGCGCCCCUCGCUAGAUUUCGCCCUCGCCGCCCGCACCGCCCUCAACGCCGCCCGGAUCUCCGACACCUUCCACCCCUCCCGCGCUCCGUUCGUGCUGCAAGCCACCCAAUCACGUGCUGCCACGUGUCCCAAGGGGGAGAGGGCGGAUUUGGGGAAAGGCGGGGUGGAGGAGUGGAGGAAGGGAGGUGGAGGGGGGGUAGGAGGAGGAGGUAACGGAGGAGGAGCAGGAGAAGUGGGAGAAGGAGUGGAUGGGAAUGGAGCUGCUGUUGGGGGGGGGAAUGGAGUUAGGUUAAUGGUGGGAGGGAAUGGAACGGGAGGAGGAAACGGGACGGAGGUGAGGCAGCUGCUUAUGAAGAAGAGCCUGUCACCCGAUGAUCUCAUGCUGUGUGUCCGCCUGCAGGCAGUGGAGCUGUUUGCGCUCAGCAUGACCCGAGGGCUCAUCUCCCUGAAGGCCGGCCUGGCCUCGCCACAAGCCAUGUUCAUCGCCGCCCACGGCGCCGCCCGCUCCGACCUCUUCCGCGUGCAGCGCCCCGUCUGUGACUCGCCGCCCCUGCUGCCGCUCACCCAGCAGAAGCUCGCCCGCUUCACCAUCAUCGAAGAGUCCCUGAAGCUGGUGUACUGCGCCAUCCCCAAGGUGGCGUGCAACUCGUGGCUCAUGUGGCUGAGGGCGCGCCUGGGCCUGCCCAACCCAGAGGACCCGCUGCUGGCGCUCAACGAGAAGGAGUGGGGACUGCACGAGCUGGCUCUCGAUUUCACCGAAGAACAGGCGAUCCGGCUCAUGACCCGUCCAGACUUCUUCAAGUUCACUUUUGUGCGCAACCCCUUCUCGCGCAUUGCCUCGGCCUACUCCAACAAGCUCGUGCGUACCGACCGACCCAAGCUCAAGACCGGCACAGGCUGGGGCACCCGCCAGUACUGGAGCAACGCCUUCUUCCACGCAGUGAAGCCCAUGUACGAGGCAGUCAAGGACAGCACAGGCCUCGUCUCCUUCCCGGAUUUCGUCCGCCUUGUUGGCAAGCUGCUGGCCAGUCACCGCGCUGACAUGGACCGCCACCUGGCGCCACAAGAAGACAUCUGUGCGCUGGGCUCCAUCAAGUACGACUUUGUGGGGCGAUUCGAGCGCCUGGAGGAGGAUGUUAAGACGGUGGUCGACAGGUUUGGUGGCGAGCACCUGGACGUGUUCAGGUUCGGCAAGGGAGCGCACUUCACGGAUACGGACCGGCGGCUGACGAAGCUGUAUGACAAGGCGCUAGCCCUCGCACUGCUGCUUCUCGCUGCGCUGCGGUGCACCUUCGGCCUUUCCCCCUUUCCUUCCUAA